AUGGGCAACAAGAAGAAGGAGCGCGCGGCCAACCGGAAGAAAGCGACCCCUCCGGCCGAUUCCUUGCGCAGUGAUGCGAUUGCAACCGAUGCCGUGGGCCUCGCUCUCGUGCAGAGGAAGGCGGGCAGCAAGCUCGCGCCGCCAGACUCGUACUGGUGGUGGAUCACUGACCAGGCGCUCGAUGACAUCGCAAGGCAGCUUCACGACAGCAACCACUGUGUCGUGGACGGAAUGCUCGGCGAGUCAAGGAGCGGCGCCAUGACAUCGUACACGCACAGUGCCGUGCGCGGCGACCUUGUCAGCUGGUUUAACGGCGAAGAGGCCGAGCUGUGGAGCGAGGGCGCGCUGCCCUCCUACCUUCUCCGCGUGGAUACUCUCAUUGAUCAGCUCAAGCCGAGGCUCCAACAGCUGCAGGGCAUCACUGGAAGGUCCAACGCUAUGGUGGCGUGCUAUCCGGGCGGGGGCGCGCGAUACGUCCGCCACUGCGACAACUCCUGCGACGCAGGGAGCGGCAACCGGUGCAAUGGUCGCCGCCUCACCGCGAUUCUGUACCUCAAUUGCGACUGGCAGCCGGGAGAUGGAGGCGAGCUGCGCCUGUUCGAGCCCUUUGCGCCUCCAGGCCGGCCACCUCUGGCCGAUCGACACACAAAAGACAAGACGCGCGAACUGACUCUACGCAACCUAACGGCUCUAGCCUAA